AUGGUCGCGGAAUCCUCGCCUCCCACAGAAGAUCUCCCGCAUUCUUUUGAUUCUCUCGCCUUGAGUAGCAGUGCGCUCAUUCGCUCCGUUCGGAGCGAAAACGCGACAGGAGGCGAUGCAGGGCGAGGGAGCGGUGAGGGGCCAGGGGUGCCAGUGGAGGUGCUGUCGUCGGUGCUGAAGAUGAUGCCGUCCCUCGACGACCUCGCCACCGCCGCGAGGGUUAAUAGGGCAUGGCGCAUCUCCGCGCUCUCCCCCUCGCAGCUGCGCGCGUGCGCGAUCGACGACGACUGCCCCACGGCGCCCUCCGCGCACAGCCGCGUGCUCGCGCACUCCCGCGCGCCUAUGCCGCCCAAACCGCCUCCCCCGGAGCUCUGGCUCAACCCCACCGCCUUCUCCCCUUUCCUCCACUUGCGCACGCCGGAAAGCCUCCACCGGGCUAGAAACACCAUCAGCGCAAACCCCUUGAGAGCAUCCGCGGCCGCGGGUGACCCGGGGAAUACCUCCCUCUCUAGCCGCACCAGUGGCGCUGCGCCCGCGACGCCCGAAGCCGCGAUUACCAGCAGGCGGGCGGACGGCGCGGAGGGGCGCAACUGGGGGGGAGGAGGAGCGUGGUCGUCGCCGCGCACGCCGUCGCCGGUUGCGGCGAGGGAGGGCGAGCUCAUUGCGUUCGAAGACGAGGUCACGCAGGCCGUGAAUCACGGCAGGCGGGUUCUGCGCGCGUGUCCGCACUUGCAGGCGCUCCGCGUGCAGCACGUGUGCAUGGGCGCAACUUUCAACGGCUCCCCGCCCCCAUUCCACGGCCUCCUCUCCCCCACCUCCCCCUACCACCUCCCCUUCUCCACCUCCCCCUCCCCCUCGCCUGAGACCAACCAACGCGCCACCUCGCCUUCCCCCGUCGCCUCGUCCCCUCCAUGCGGCUCUCCUCCUUUUCCCCCUUGUGCAUUUCCCUCCUCCCCCUGUGCCUCCCCCUCUUGCGCCUCCUCCCCCUGCGCCACCUCCUCGCCUCAGACAGCACUCUCCCGGCGACGCCCCUCCUCCUCUACCUUACCCACCGGGUCUUCCCCACUCCCAGCCCGUGGGCUGGCGGGCAUUGGCGCGCUGUGCCCUGCCAUCAAGACGCUCACUCUUACACUACAGCAGGCCAUGACAGCGCUGGCAUCAGCAGGCCCGGCGCCGCUCACAGCACUGUCGCUCAGCCCCUGUGCCCUCACACCCGCAUCCUUCCACACCCUCGCCUCCGCUUUUCCCCGCCUCAUGGUUGCCUUGCUGCCAGCAUGCACUGUCACACUGCCACCAUGCACAUGUCACACUGCCACCAUGCCUGUCACACUGCCAGCGUCCAUUUUACCCUCACAUGUCCACCAUGCUCCCGCUUUCCACCCCCCUCGCGUCAUUCCCCUACCUUCACCCUCCUCCUUCCACCCCCUUCCCGACACCCCGCCCGCCAUGCCCGUCCCCUCAGGCGCUGGACCUGCAGGGGCUCCACAGCGAGCCCAUGCACCUCGCCCACGCCCUGCCACUCCAGGUACCAACUCCGCUCCCACCGCACCACCUCAUGCCUGCCUCGCCUUCACCUAA